GCCGGCCAGUCCGCCCAGAGUUGAGGCGGAGAAGUUGGGGCGGCCCCGGCCGGCUCCCCGCUGCGCCCCCGGCGCCCCGCCGCGCUCAGCCCCGCCGGGGGCGCCCUCCCCCCAGCCAUGUCGUCCAUCCUGCCCUUCACCCCGCCGAUCGUGAAGCGCCUGCUGGGCUGGAAGAAGGGCGAGCAGAACGGGCAGGAGGAGAAGUGGUGCGAGAAGGCGGUCAAGAGUUUGGUCAAGAAGCUCAAGAAGACGGGGCAGCUGGACGAGCUGGAGAAGGCCAUCACCACGCAGAACGUCAACACCAAGUGCAUCACCAUCCCCAGGUCCCUGGAUGGCCGACUGCAGGUGUCCCAUCGGAAAGGGCUCCCCCACGUCAUCUACUGCCGCCUGUGGCGAUGGCCCGACCUGCACAGCCACCACGAGCUGCGGGCCAUGGAGCUGUGUGAGUUCGCCUUCAACAUGAAGAAGGACGAGGUCUGCGUGAACCCCUACCACUACCAGAGGGUGGAGACCCCAGUUCUACCUCCGGUGCUGGUGCCACGCCACACAGAGAUCCCGGCCGAGUUCCCCCCGCUGGACGACUACAGCCAUUCCAUCCCCGAGAACACUAACUUCCCCGCGGGCAUCGAGCCGCAGAGCAAUAUUCCAGAAACCCCGCCCCCUGGCUACCUGAGUGAAGAUGGAGAAACCAGCGACCACCAGAUGAACCACAGCAUGGAUGCAGACCUGCAGCCCGUCACCUACUGCGAGCCGGCCUUCUGGUGCUCCAUCUCCUACUACGAGCUGAACCAGCGUGUCGGGGAGACAUUCCACGCCUCGCAGCCCUCCAUGACGGUGGACGGCUUCACCGACCCCUCCAACUCGGAGCGCUUCUGCCUCGGGCUGCUCUCCAACGUCAACAGGAACGCCGCCGUGGAGCUCACGCGGAGGCACAUCGGGCGAGGCGUGCGGCUGUACUACAUCGGAGGGGAGGUCUUCGCAGAGUGCCUCAGCGACAGCGCCAUCUUCGUGCAGUCCCCCAACUGUAACCAGCGCUAUGGCUGGCACCCCGCCACCGUCUGCAAGAUCCCACCAGGAUGCAACCUGAAGAUCUUCAACAACCAGGAGUUCGCUGCCCUCCUGGCUCAGUCUGUCAACCAGGGCUUCGAGGCCGUCUACCAGCUGACACGCAUGUGCACCAUUCGCAUGAGCUUCGUCAAAGGCUGGGGAGCCGAGUACAGGAGACAGACAGUGACCAGCACCCCCUGCUGGAUCGAGCUGCACCUGAAUGGGCCUUUGCAGUGGCUUGACAAGGUCCUCACCCAGAUGGGCUCCCCAAGCAUCCGCUGUUCCAGUGUGUCUUAGAGACGGUGGGUGACAGGGAGGGCGGGCUUGGGGGAAAUGGCCACAGAGGAGGUGGAGGAAAUUGGAACUCGACUCAACUCACCGUUGUCAAGGAAGAAGACAUUUUCCUCCCUCAGCCAAAGUGGCGCGCCAACCUGUUCUCCAACACACAAAAGCAAACCCAGAGAUGGAUUUUAUGAACAGCUGUUUGCUCAACAUUUGCCCUCUGGCCCCAUUUUGAAGGGCAAGAAAUGCCUUCUGCUUUGGUGGCUUGAGCCAACAGGUAGCGUCACCACCUGCCCCCGGCCCCCUUCCUUCUGAAUGACAGCAGUCUGGGAUGGCACUGUCACCAGGCAAAGGCCCUCUGUGCAGGACUGGAGUGUGGAGUUCACCCUGGGUGUUCUAGGUAGGGACAAGCCUGCAGGGGUGUGAGCAAACCCCAUGCCCAAGCCUCCGGCGCUUUUGACAAAUGCCUCUUGAGCUGAGCACACGAGCCCCAGCACUCCCCCCACAGACCCUGCACUGGGAACUGGGCCGACUUGGGGCUGGGCGGGGCUUGUGGUCUCCUCCCCCUCAGAGCAAACGGAUUGGUGGAGCCAGCAGCGUUCAGACCACGCAGGGGCAGUGGGAAGAGCUGGUGAGAGAGACCUCUUUCAAAACACUCUUACAUGUGUCCUUUCUCACUUGGAACGGUCAGAAGAAUCUGCCGAGGCUCAGUGCACAUGCCAUGUAUAGUUUAUCACAUGAAUCUGAGAUCUGACUUACGUGAAGUAUUCACAGGAAGCAAGGCGUGGUGUGGAGUGAUGGCGUUCCGGUGAAGGCAGCACUGCGCUGCGUGGGUCCCAGGCUAAGAGCUCAGUUCACAUUCUCGUGCGUCCAGCCAUUGGUGUGUGUAGUCCAUUGCAUUAAUUAAAUGAACUUUGUCAUGUGCCCUUUAAAUGUUUGUUUUAUACUUAAAUCCUGGGCUGGCGCACUGACUGGAACCCAGAGAGGGACCUGGCGACAUCUCCCCCAAGGUGAAGCUUCGGCAGGUUUUGUUGACAAGACACCUGCCAGCAGUUUUGGAAGCUGAAAUAAACAGAAGCGGUUCACCGGAGGGGAAAUCUCAGGCCAACGUAGGCAAAUGAAAGGGCUAUUGACAUUUUUUUUUUUACACCUUUGAAAAUUGCAGGCUCGGUGCAAAGAGGUCUGUCCUCUUUCCCCUGGGGUAGAGGAUUAUCAGCGACAACUCUAGCAGUUAGAUUGUGUAAUGAGUACUACUCCAGUUAGUGAGAAAAUUAUUAUGAAUUAUUUCAACUGUAUUAUGAACUAUUUCAACUGGAAA